AUGGACGAUGGUGUGCCUGUGAGGUUUUGGCUGGGAUUUGCUGUACGCCUAUGUAGCACCGACACUUUUAAGGUUGCGCAAAUUAUUGGGAAGCCAGACUUGGCUCCAGCUGCGUGGGUGAAAAGGCUUGUUACAUCGUGCGAUCAUGCUCCUGCAACUCCAUUAGAUGCUGUUCAACUUAUGCUGGAAUCUGAGGUAGGUCAAAGUGUUGGUGAAGUGUUUGAGAGAUUUGAUGUGGAUCCUAUUGGCUAUGCUUCAAUUUCACAGGUACACCGAGCAAGAUGGAGAGGUGAUAAAAGUGAUAUUGUUGUCAAGGUGCAACAUCUUGGAGUUCAGGAUAUAAUGAUGACAGAUAUCCAUAACUUGCAAGCUUUUGUUUUAUACAUUCAAAAGACAGAUGUCAAAUUUGAUCUAUACUCCGUAACCAAGGAAAUGGAGACGCAGAUUGGAUAUGAAUUUGACUUCACAAGGGAAUCUAACGCUAUGGAAAAACUUCAAAAAAAAAAAAAAGAGAAUAACAAAAGGAGUCCUGUUGUGGUUCCUCGACUGAUACGAAACCUAGUCACCAGGCGAGUCUUAGUUAUGGAAUAUAUUGAUGGAAUACCAAUCCUGAAUCUUGGUGAUGAAAUUGCGAAAAGGGGUAUGGACCCUGGUGGUAAGGUUGCAGCCGCGCAAAGCAGUAAGAAAAUCCUCCAAAGUUUGACACUAGCAUAUGGACAAAUGAUUCUGAAGAAUGGUUUCUUCCAUGCAGAUCCCCACCCAGGAAAUAUCCUAAUCUGUAAGGGUUCAGAGGUUGCCUUGCUUGACUACGGCCAAGUGAAAGAUCUCCCAGAUCGGUUGAGACUUGGUUAUGCAAAUCUUGUUCUUGCGAUAGCUGAUGGUGACCCUGUAAGAGCGCUGGAGAGCUAUAGGGAGCUUGGCAUAAAAACCUUGAGCAAGUGUGAAGAUGAACAUAAAGAAAUGUUAAAGUUAGCAGUAACAAUGUUUGACACGAAAUUACCGCCUGGAGUAACAAUGCUGCAGCAUUUUUCUGAGGAAUCUUCUAUUAAAAAGAUUGCUGUUCAGGCUUUUCCAGAGGAGUUGUUUUCUGUUCUUCGAACAGUGCAUCUGCUGAGAGGGCUUAGUGUUGGACUAGGAAUCAACUACUCAUGUGCAGAACAAUGGAGACCCAUUGCAGAAGAAGCUUUGUUCCGUGCUGGAAGAUUAAAAGGUGAGCUUUCCAAAUUCCUAGCCAUACAAAAUGUGGAGAUGUUUGUGUAUGUCUGUGUUCAUAAAAAACUUUAA